CACCAUACAGCUCAAAUCAGUAGUUAGGGACUUCAUCGACUGGUGCUAGGUAUUAGUCUGGCUACCUUGAACCCUCUUCAAAUUUAAUCCAACUUCCCUUAGCAUUGCACGUCAAGGUAGGUGGUGAGUUGGCACGCGCAACACAUGUCCAAGCCAGCUCAGUCGAUGAAUGUCCAUAACCUCAUUAAGAGACUCGUCUGUCUUCCCUAGUACAUUUCGCCUGACCUCAACAUUGCUCACAAGUGGAUUCCACCACAUCCGAACAAUGUUACGAAGAUAUCUAUGAUCAAAACCCUUCAACCGCUUCAUGCCGUUUACUUUCAACGGCUAUGUCUUACAGCCGUCAAACAGGACAGAAGGGACUGAAGCGUAGUAUACUUAUCCUUUAAUUGAUAGAUGGAUAUCUCGCUGACACCAGAGGCGAUGCAAGUUGGCAAAUGCCAAAAAAGCCUUCUCUAUCUGAGCUCAGAUUUCGUUAGCAACCAGCUAGUUCAGGCUGAUGCAACUCCCCAAGUAAGUGAAGUGGUUGAUACAUUCCAUCACUUCAGUCCCUAUUCCUCAACUGGAAGUAGUUGCAGACUGGUCCCGGGGCAACAUCUUACGUUGGACAGGUGCGAAGCGCAUGCCAAUCAUACGCGUUUAGAAGACCCUGAGUUUUGUCAACAUCUUCACCCAACAGGACAAUAUCGUCUGCAUUUUCCAAGUCAACUAGAUAACAUCCAGGGAGUAGGUCAAUCUCUGUCGUCAGACCUAUCUAAGAUUACUUCCAUUAGUAGGUCUAUAGUAAAGUUAAGUGGGAACGAUAACAGUGGGCAUCAGUGGCAGACACCAUUAGUUGCCAUCAAUUCACAUGAUAACUCUCCACUAGCCCUGACAUGGCUGCAUGAAUUCCAGUAGAGAGCUUCGAUUAGCGUUAUAUACUUGCUCAGUACGUCCUUCACAGACAGACACUGCCACAAC